ACUUCUCAUUUUAAACUGUGAUUUUGAAUCGAGCCUAAACCAAACUGUUAACGUUAUGCCUAACCGGAAAUUAAGACCGGAAAUAUAUUUAUUUGUAUGCAUUUUUACGUUAUUGACUUUGUGGCUGUGGUAACCUUCGGUAACUUUCAAAAACAAAGAUUUUUUAUGUCAUUCGAGAUAAUAAAUGCUCACCUUUAAGGCACAUAGUGACUGCGACCUGGUUUCGAGAGAAUAAUUUAUUUAUAUAGUUUGGGACUAUGAUAUAGUUUGCAUCGGCACAAUUGGGCAGUCAAAUAUUAUGAAGAUAGAGGUGGCGUAUUUCAGCUAAAGCUUGGCAGUGAAACGACUUUUUAUAAAAAUGGCGCCGACCAAUGCAACCUGUCCCAUAGUAUACUAAACUCACAUGUAACGUGGUAUAUUUGUUGCUACAUUUAUCGAGCAGACUUUUCCCCAAACAGAAAUGUUUGUCGCUCGAAGUAUUGCAGCGGACCACAAGGAUCUUAUUCAUGAUGUUUCAUAUGAUUUCCAUGGCCGGAGAAUGGCAACUUGCUCUAGUGACCAAAGUGUCAAGGUGUGGGACAAGAGUGACAACGGAGAGUGGAACUGCACUGCCAGCUGGAAGACCCAUAGUGGAUCAGUAUGGAGGGUGACCUGGGCCCAUCCAGAGUUUGGUCAGGUGCUGGCCUCCUGCUCCUUCGACCGGACCGCUGCUGUGUGGGAGGAGAUCGUUGGCGAGUCCAAUGACAAACAGCGAGGACUCAGUCACUGGAUCAAGAGGACCACUCUGGUGGACAGCAGAACGUCGGUGACUGACGUGAAGUUUGCUCCUAAACACAUGGGUCUGAUGCUGACCACGUGCUCAGCAGAUGGGGUUAUGAGGGUCUACGAGGCUCCAGACGUGAUGAACCUCAGCCAGUGGUCCCUGCAGCAGGAGAUCUCCUCUAAACUCAGCUGCUCCUGUAUCUCCUGGAGCCCCUCCAGCUCUCGUGCCCACGCCCCCAUGAUAGCAGUGGGCUCUGAUGACAGCAACACCUCAUACAGCGGGAAAGUUCACAUCUAUGAAUACAUUGAAAACACAAGGAAGUAUGCUAAGGCAGAAAAUCUGUUGAUGGUGACAGAUCCAGUCCAUGACAUUGCCUUUGCUCCCAACUUGGGACGCUCUUUUCACGUGCUCGCCAUCGCCACCAAAGACGUACGCAUCUUCAAGCUGAUACCACUGAGGAGAGAGUCUGCAGCGGGGUCGUCUGGUCCCACUAAGCUGCAGGUUCAGAUCCUGGCCCAGUUCGACAACCACAACUCCCAGGUGUGGAGAGUCUCCUGGAACAUCAGCAGCACCCUGCUUGCCUCCUCAGGGGAUGAUGGCUGUGUCCGACUCUGGAAAGCCAACUACAUGGAUAACUGGAAGUGUACAGCCAUCCUGAGAGGAGAUGGUAGCCCAGUGACUGGCUCGUCCAGUCAGGCUGCAGUCCCCAGCACAGCAGGGGGACCACAAAAUGUCCUGCUGCAAGCGUCCUCCGCUGGAAGAAAGAAAGCUCAGCUGAUACCUGGCUAACAGAGUGGCUUGAUGCUGCUGCUUGUUGCAUGGACACACACACACACACACACACACACACACACACACACACACACACACACACACACACACACACACACACACACACACACACACACACACACACACACACACACACACACACACAGAGGAAUGGAAAGGGAACUCCCUCACCCUGCAGACCAACCUCCCAGAAACACCUCUGAACCCUUUUUUUAUGCUAAUCAAGAACCACACUGACUCCUAGAUCAGGGUUCUAGAUCAAAGUUCCAGGGUGGGUUUUAUGUCAAUAUUGACUGUUAUGCUACUGAAUGAAGUAUCUUGUUGGGAUGUAUCUGACUGGUUGGGGCAUUAUGGGGGGUCUGAUAUUUUGCUGUAGAACUACAUGGGAGUAUGGGUUUAGGUGUGGUGUGAGAGAGAGGGAACCACUGGUGACAAUGCGGUGGUGGUAAGACAUAAUGGGUGUGUUUAGAGUAACUUUACAAAAAUGUCUCGGUUUCCCAGAAAUCCAGGUUGGAACAUUCCUGGAAUUAGGAGAGAAUAAGCAGGAAAUCCCAGAACCUUUUUUUCCUUGAAAACCAGGGAACUUGCAACCCCAGAGUUUUGCAACCCUAAGUGGGUUCUAGUGAGUUCUAGGUAAUAUUUUCGAGGGUUCUGCAUAAUGUAAAUUACCCUGUGGUUCUGCCUGGUGGAUGAGGUGGUUCUGCCUGACUGACUGGUGGAUGAGGUGGUUCUGCCUGACUGACUGGUGGAUGAGGUGGUUCUGCCUGACUGACUGGUGGAUGAGGUGGUUCUGACUGACUGGUGGAUGAGGUGGUUCUGACUGGUGGAUGAGAAGACGACGUCUGAGACUAACGUUAAAAUCUUUGGGGCGAUUAAUAAUUUAUGAAAAACAAUUAAUUCUGUAUAAUAAAAUUUGUUUAAUCCAGUGUU